AUGGGAAUUUCUGCUUCAUCAUCCCAUUGUGAAUGUCAAGCAAAGAAUCCUCUCUGUGAAUUCAACUCACUCGACUCGGAAGAGAUGAAAAUCCUGAUUCCAAAGAGUAAUUCAUUUGAUGAGUGUGAUAACACUAUUUAUCCACUGACUAAUACUCAGCAAGACCAAUUUGAUUGUUAUAAACUUACACAACGAAGAAGAACCAUAUCUACAACCAAUCCUACCAUUACAACUCCAAUAACCGCUCCUGAAAUUUCUAUUUGUAAAACAUGUCACAAGAGAAAGAUAAAUUCAUCAUCUCCUCCACCAAUUCAAACACCGCCUCAUCAUCAUUUCGAGGAAGUUAGUUCCCCAAAAUCAAGUAAAACCCCUAAGAAGCUCACAUUUUCCAUUCCCAAUCCUGUCAAGAUUUUCAAUAGUGCCUUAAACUCUGAUUGUAAUUCAUCACCUACUUCUGUGACUGGAAAUUCAAGAUUAUUCACAACACCAAGUAAGAGAGAUCCACCACCUCAAAAUCCUACGUUGGGUGUGGCUAGGAAUAGAACAAGACGUGGUUCAACACCAGGUCGUGAAGAAAGUGUCACCGAUUUGGAAAAACUCAAACAAGACACAAGAAGUAGAUCAAGAUCAUCACCGCAACCUAACAAGAAUAUGACAGGAGCAAAUCCUACUUGUAAAUCUCUUGAUAGCAAGGAAUAUGUUUCAAGGGUGAAUAGAGUUAGAACCAAUGGUUCUCAUUCGGAUAGUGACGAGGAAAAAUCAAAUCUUCCUCCACUCAAAAACUCCCCAAAGAAGAUGAUCAAUGAAGAGGACGGUGUUGUAGUGAUUGGUUUUACCAAUACUAAUGGUUCUUCAACAAUUAGUAAUGCAACAACUGUAACAAUAACAACUGCAAAUAAUAGUGAAAAUAUUAACAGCUCACCAACAAAUGCCAGCAAUGAAAAGGAAAUUGACUUUGCCAUAAGUGUUCCACAUUACAAACAACCAUUGGCCAAAAUUACAAUACCAAAAUCCACAUCUCACAGCUGUCCAAUGAAUGCUGUCCCGACGACAAUUAAGGAAACAAAUAAGGAUCUCAAGGAAGUCCAUGGAAACUGCAGAGCAAUCUCUCCACUCGACGUGUUCAGAACUAUAAAUAACAGUUCUCGAAGUGAUCUCAUCCUUAAAAAGAAGAAUAGACCAGCCAUUGUCCCUGAAGAACAAGAUAAGGAUAUUGAUGUUUUGAUAACUGCCAACAAGUCAAUACAACCACGCCCUCGUGGAGGGAAACAAUUCAAUCUCUUCAAAUUCAAAUCAGAUGUUCCACAUGGAAAUGAAAAGGUCCUGACACAAAUCAAGUAUCACCAAUCGACACCAAAACUUGAUUCUCCAGAAUCAACCAAGAUUGUUGUCGAUUUGAAUGGAGCUGCACCUAAUGUAGGUGGUAAAAAGUUACCAAUCUAUGUCAUUCCACCAACUUCUCCAUCAAAAAUCUCUCAAAAUCAAAGAUCCAAAGGUGUUACCCUCACCGAAGAAAAGAAGAGAAAGCUCGGAAGUUCCAGAAGAGCUUCAACAACAAAGAAAAAAACAAGUAAAAAAAUGUUUUCUUGGUAA